AUUCGUGGGGGUCGACAAAGUUUGUAUGUUCUCGAUCGUUCUGUGCACCGUGUUGCUCGGUUGUGCUUGUGGUAUUGUUUCCGACGCGAUCGACGACGACUGAACAAAUUCGUCAUGAAAAAUGCUAAUUGUUAUGAACUUAGCACAAGAUUUCAACUCGUCGAAAAUCUACGCGUUCUUAAGUUGAUAAUGAAUGCAUCGAUUGCAUUCAGUGUGUGGUUACCGUGGCCAUGUUCUAUGAUAAUACUAUCGUUCCUCUAUUUCCUACCGACUACUCGAGCAGGCCAAAUUGUUUACGCUUCUUUCGAGCUGACCUUGUCAUUGUCCAUCGCAGGAUUAUUCGUAUUUUCUGUGGUAGCUCUUGGCGCGACGCCAAAAGCGUUCAAUGCUUUGAGCUGCAUAAAAAUGGUGCUUCGAACCUAA